GGGCCACUUUGGUCGCUGCUGCUUGGAGGUGACGAAAAUCGGGGCGGGAACGCUCGUUGCGGUCAGACUGAUCCAUCGUGGUUGCUUUCAAGACCCACCCCUAUGACCACCAACUCUUGCGAGCGACAGCUUGACGCAGCCGGCCGCCAUCACCCCUGUCUCUCGUCAAUGGACUCGCGGCGAUGCCAACACAAGGGCAUCAACCAACCGCGGCAGAUGACCCUGCGAGCUCCGCGGCACAGGUACGCAAGCUCGCCCCCUCGUCGACGCCUGCAGUCCCAUCAACCGCUCGCAAUGCCCAAGGAGCGACCAAGCGCAUCUGGGCGGCAUGUGAGCCAUGCCGGGGGAAGCGAGCCCGCUGCGAUGGCAGUCUGCCUUGCUCUGGCUGCCUGCUGAGCGAGUCAAGCAAGCUUGGUCUGACGCUCGAGCAGUACCGAGGACAAACUGGCAGCGCGCUGGGGGAGCAGAUCUUCCGCAACAGUGCCGCGAGGUGCCACUUUAACUGGAACAGGAAGAAGCGAGGCCCAAGAUCAAAGACAGGAGCAGUGGAUGGGUUGGGUGCAGCAACUGCGAGUGUGCAAACGUCCGACGAGCGCGGCGCUGCCGGGGCAGAAGGAAGACAGGCUGAAGCGACGGAAGCACAACCGAUCAAGAAACACAAGACGAAAAGGAACCCAUCCGGCCUGCAGAUUGGCAUGCCACGCUCGGCUCAGAGUGCUGGGUUCGCCUUUCUCGAAGCUAAGCGACAAGCAUACGCGAGCGCCAGCAGCGCGACAAGCCUGCCGCGCUCUGCCUCCCUGUCUUCGAAUGGGUGCGAGCCCAGCUGGUCGCCCGUGCUGGCUCAGAUGCCCGCACUAUACCACAGUGACAGCAGCUCUGAAUUGACUCCGUCCAGCGAACACUCGAUUGCACUCAUCACACCUCUUGACCACCCGUCUGCUCUCUCAGAGCCUUUGCUGGAUGGUCUUGAGGCAAAGGGGCCUGCGCAGUGUGAGCACACGCGGUUGUAUGCGCCACCGGGGGCCGCGCUGCUCCCAAGGUGUGCGACAGACAGUGCGACCGCAAAGGCGACGCUCCUACCCGUGGCUGAGCAGCGAAUGCCACCACCGCCACCUUGUCGGCCGAUGUACCUGUUCGCUGGCAAGCAGGGUUCCGAUUCGCCCGACAGCGCGCAAUCGUCACCGGGCAGCGGGAAUAUUAGUGGCGCGUCGUCAGCUGCUUCUCGGAGCCGCAGCCACAUACAGCUACCUUCCUUGCAAGAGCUCUCUCUUCGCUCAAACCCUGUCCUUGGGCUGCCCCCACGCUCGAACUGGUCACAGCCAUAUGCAAAUGGCAACCUUGACGGCAUGGGAUCUGGGGGGGUACCCACUACCUUUCCGCCACAUGGCGGGGCACCGACCAAGCGCAAAGCCUCGCAUUCUCGGGCGCUCCUCGCCAAGCUUUCGCGCUUUUACGCGGAGGAUGAUUUGCCUUUCAUUGCACUCUCCAUGGCACAAUUUGGCGGGAUGGACGCCAUGUGCAAGCUCUUUCCGUCCAAAUACCUCUUUGGUGACAAUAAGAGCAGCAAUCCGGCCGAUGGUAUCGCGAGCGUGCCUGAUCACAUCCAACUUGCGCUUCUCUCCCUAUUGGCACAUCGCUCCUUGCUGACCCCCGCCAGCUCCAGCUCGCGGGACUUGGACCUUGCGGCGGCUACGUCUGCAUCUACCUUAUCGGAUACUUCAUGCACCACCUCUACAGGGCUGCCUAUUACUUUGCCCUUGCCGCCCUUGAUCGGCUACGAGGGCGUAGACCUGGUAGGGAAAUCGCGGGACAGCAUGUUAUCGUUCGCAAGGCGUUCAUACGAACACGCUGCCAAGCUCCGUGAUGCAGAGCUUCGACGCGGCGUCAUCGACGCGCGCAUCUUGAUUACCGGGUGGGCGCUCGACCUUGCCAUGUCCGAAGACGGCGCGGGGACUGCGACUAUGACUGCAUCCAAGGUGGACCUCGUUCGGAUCGUCCUGGCUUGGAAGCUGCACCUGAUGGACGCGCCACCCGACGCGGCCUCGCCGCUGAUCCCAGAAGCGCUCACCCCAACCAAAGAAUCACCGUGCGCUUUGGGUGAUGGACGAUUCUCUGUCAACGAUGCGGUGGAGAAGGAGUCCAUCCGCAGGAUUGUUCAUGUCAUCUCCGCUUCUUUCGUCUGGACGAGCACGAUCGACUGCUCGGCGCCUGCUUUCGACAUGUGCUGCAUGCAGGUGCAGUUUGCUGCCGACGACGAUAUGAUUCACGCAGACUCGGCGUGGCAGCCCGAGCGGCGCAGCCGCGGAGAGAGCUUGCUGCGGAGCACGCAGUAUGCGUACAAUCUCUUCUUCCGAGUGACAAGGAUGCUGCACACUCCAUUGGAUGACCUCGUUAACGGCAGGGGGCCAGAGACGGACAUUCAAGGCGCAGUGGACGAGAUUGAAGAUGGCAUUGCUUGGGUCAAGCGACACGCCCAAGAGCUGCACGUUGGCAACCUCCACGACACGUUGCGGGUGACGCUGUUCAUGCACACGCGCAUUGUGGAACUGAAGACGUACCGCCUGUUCAGUGUGCUUAGCUCGUACAUGCAGAUGUGCUUUGGAUGUGAUGCAAAUCAAGACUUGGGUAUCGGUGCGACGCUCCUGCAAGACAACAGCGACAAGCUGUCCUCGUUCAACAAGUUGUCCGGCGCGACGCACCUGGGAACGCUGCCCAAGCGCCGCCAGUCUGACAGUCCGAAUCCCACCGCACGGCUGCGCUUCAGCAAUGACCCAAAAGUCGCGUGCUGCAGCCUGCUGUGGGAGGUGGAAGAAGUGGCGAACGUCAUCAUCGCAAUGCUGCAUUCCUCCGUGCCUCCCAACGCCAAGGAGGUCGGCACGGCGGCCGGCGUCACAAUCGAUGCCAGCGUGCGGGCGGUGCGCUGGCCGCGGCACCUGCGCAUCUUUGGGCAGCACGCGUUUGCGAUGGCUGCCGAGGUCCAUGCGCUCGGAUCCAGUUGGUCGGAGCUAGUCAGCUCGCCGGAUCCGCUAAGGCGCUCGCCAAGCAGCAGUGCGGACAUCACCGAGUUCAACUUCAACGAGUUUAUCGCCGGCUUCUGGCGCAUCGGCUCAACGCUCAUCACGUUGCUGCGAGCUCUGGAAAAGACGGGGAGUGCGCACGCCGCCCAGACCGCCGACAAGCUCGAGGAGUACCGGCAGGAACGAAUCAAGUGGAUGCUCUCCCAGGGCGGCUCUGCGUAGUAGCGAAAGAUUCCGCGCAGAAGGUACCGCGCACCUUUUUCAUUUUACUUUUACGACCGACAAAGUCAUGGGGCCACAACAUCUAUUUAGGGAGAUUACAUUUGUACCAUUCGCAAAGACGUGGCACCGCGCGCU